UGCUCUUCCUAUCACUAUCGUCAUCACAAGCUCAGCAAAACAAGAAAUUCUCUUUCAUGCCUCACGAGGAGCCGUUGCCUUUUUGGCUAGUGAAUGUGCCGAGGGACCAGUGGCCGAAGGAAUGUCCAGAGUUUUUGAAGGAGUGCGGUGAGAAGGAUCGGAGCAUCAUUGGCACUCCAGAUGCGGAGUACAAGCGGUUGUCGUGGGAUGAGGUCACGGAAAUCACUAGGAUUAAUCGAGUUGACAAGUUCCACCGCGUUCCUUCCGAUCUGAGGAGAUAUCGGCAGUACACGCACCGGCUGAUCAAGGAGUAUGGGUCGAUAAUGAAUUUCAUUGUCAAUGAGAGGCUGCAGUGGAAGACCAUGGCGCCAAAAGGCCGGCCAUUCGAGUUUGAAGAGGAUAUCAAGGUCUUGUACAACGACUGGCCCUACGGCGUGGACGAGAAGAUCAUCCAUCUUGUCAUCUGGACUAAAUUCGACCUAGAAGAGGCCCCGAAUUCAGAUGACUUGACCCCGGAGGCACGAAAGGGAAUUGAGGACUAUAUCCAGCAGACAUUCUGCUCAAAGGCCCAGCCUGAUCAUGUAAUUUGGUUCAAGAAUUGGCGCUCGCUCAAAUCGGUGCACGCCGUUGAGCACUUCCAUGUCAUGCUCUACGAUCCAGAUCCCGAAUUCGUCAAGACCAUCACCCAUGGUGAUGUUCCGAUGGCCUCGAGGGUGUCAUAAAUUUCCUGGGGUCCACGAAUUUCACUAUUACCAAGAGCAUUGGCGAUUGGAGUAUAUACUAUAGACGCGGGAUGAAAAUAAUAAACAUCGGGAUUUUGG